CCGAGCCGCCGCCGUGCGGGGGGUUAAUGGGAAAAGUUUUGGUGGGAGCCGGAGCCGGAGCCGGGGCUGAGGCGGCGCGAGACAGUUGUCCCUGGUGUCCUGGGCAUGGGCGUGGCCACCCCGAGCCUGCCACCGCUGUUCACUGACCGACCGGGACAACAGCUCCGCACAAGGCCGAGCCGAAGCCUUCUGUAGUGGUCCCUCUGCGGGCGGCCCCAGAUGCUGCCAGAGCUAUGAGCGGGGCUGCAGGCGUGGCACUGAGGCGUGACCAGCAAUGGAGCAGCUCCAGGAGGAAGCACCUGAGGGCCGGGAAGAGGAGGAGAAAGAGGAAGAGGCAGUGACGGUGGCAGCGGUCGGGGCAGCCCCUGAGCCAAACGAGGGACCAGAGAGCUCGCUUCCGUCCAGCAGCUACCCAGACCUUCCCCAGAGCUCUUCUCCAUCCCUGUCGGACCAACUGCAGAUGGGCAGCGAUGGGGGGACUCCCGGGGGCCUGAGCGUGGAGUGCCGGGUGUGCGGGGACCGGGCCUCCGGCUUCCACUACGGGGUCCACGCCUGCGAGGGCUGCAAGGGCUUCUUCCGGCGGACCAUCCGCAUGAAGCUGGAGUACGAGAGGUGCGAGCGGAGCUGCAAGAUCCAGAAGAAGAAUCGCAACAAGUGUCAGUACUGCCGCUUCCAGAAGUGCCUGUCCCUCGGCAUGUCGCACAACGCAAUCCGUUUCGGCCGCAUGCCGGAGGCGGAGAAGAGGAGGCUGGUGGCCGGGUUGUCGGCCAGCGAAGGGGCCAGGCAGCACCCGCAAGGGGCGGACCUGAAGGCCUUCUCCAAGCACAUGUACGGCGCCUACCUGCGUAACUUCAACAUGACCAAAAAGAAGGCGCGGGGGAUCCUCACCGGCAAGGCCAGCAGCACGCCCCCCUUCGUGAUCCACGACAUGGACACGAUGUGGCAGGCGGAGAAAGGGCUGGUUUGGAAGCAGCUGGUGAACGGCCUGCCCCCCUACAAGGAGAUCAGCGUCCACGUGUUCUACCGCUGCCAGUGCACCACGGUGGAGACCGUGCGGGAGCUCACCGAGUUCGCCAAGAGCAUCCCCGGCUUCGCCAGCCUCUACCUGAACGACCAGGUGACGCUGCUCAAGUACGGCGUGCACGAGGCCAUCUUCGCCAUGCUGGCCUCCAUCAUGAACAAGGACGGGCUCCUGGUGGCCAACGGCAACGGCUUCGUCACGCGCGAGUUCCUGCGCAGCCUGCGCAAGCCCUUCAGCGAGAUCAUCGAGCCCAAGUUCGAGUUCGCCGUCAAGUUCAAUGCCCUCGAGCUGGACGACAGCGACCUGGCCCUCUUCAUCGCCGCCAUCAUCCUGUGUGGAGAUCGGCCCGGCCUGAUGAACGUGAAACAGGUGGAGGCCAUCCAGGACAACAUCCUGCAGGCCCUGGAGUUCCACCUGCACGCCAACCACCCCGACGCCCAAUACCUCUUCCCCAAGCUGCUGCAGAAGAUGGCUGACCUUCGGCAGCUGGUGACCGAGCAUGCCCACUUGAUGCAGAAGAUCAAGAAGACCGAGACGGAGACCUCGCUGCACCCGCUGCUGCAGGAGAUCUACAAGGACAUGUACUGAGGGGGCGGCUCGGGGCCGGCUCGCCCCUGAGCCCGGGCACGCGGCGGGAGCCGACCGGCCCGCGUGCCACCGGUUUGGCUCAGCAGCGUGGCCCUCGCUCUCCGGUUCUGUCUGCCGUCUGUCUGCGUCUGUGCCUCCCGCGCCGCCGCCGCCCGCAGAAGCUCGGUUCGCCUUCGCUCACCAGCAGAAGCCAGGGAGGGCUCCCCUCGGCCCUCCCCAGCGCCUCGGGCUCGCUCGGGACUGGGACGGGCCAGGCUCUUGCCUUAUGGGCCUAGGGAAGGCCGUCGCCUGUCCGUCUGACGCCCCAAGUCAACACUAAUCCCGCCAAGGACUCUGGCCCUCCUUGUACUCCUCCUGGCCCCCGGCCCCGGUCCUCCCAGCACUCAGGGGAAGCCGGCUGGUGGGGGCGGGGGCGGGCGCGGGGCAGGAUCCAGGAAGGGGACCCCCGACUGCCAUCCCCUUUGGGGCCAGGGGGCCGCCCUGGGCCUCCCCAGCCUGGGCUAGAAGCCAGGAGCUAGAGGCCCAAGCCAGGCCACUGCCAGCCUCACCCCUUGGUCUUUCCCUUACCCUCCCGGGCAGCGUUUACCUCCAGCGCAGGCCCGCUGGGGGGCUUAGGGCCCCGCAUUCUCCCCCACCUGGAUCUCACCGCCCCCAGCCCCGGGCUGCACUCCUCUACCUCCCGCCCUGGGGCCCACACUCCCCCGCCCUCCAGUCCCAGGUGAACCCCCUGGCCCUCCCCCAAGUUCCCGCCCCAAGCACUGAAUUCACUUUAGCCAUCCUCCUCCCCAGGUCCGACCCUGCCUUUACCUUUCCUUCCCCCUCCCCUCCCUCAUCUCCUCUCUCUCCAGCAGGCAGAGAUCUCCCUUUUCUGACCGGCAGAGCUUAGCAGCCUGCUGUGAGGACCGGGUCGAGGGGCAGACUUGACAAGACCCCAGUCUUGUCCUCUGAACCUGCCGUCCUCAAGCGCUCAGGGGGUGUUCCGGGGGGAGGGGAUCGUGAGAUUUGUCAUCGCCCCCCCUCUCCCCGGCAGCUUGCCUGUCGUAGUCCAGCAGCCCCUUGCCAGAAGCGCGGAGGGGGCUGCGGCUAGGGACCCAGGGUCGCUGCGGUGGAAACGGGCCCUGGCGGGUCUAAAUUGCUGGCCCGGUUCUCUAACCACCCAUGACGUGUGUGUGUGUGCAUGCGUGCGUAAACACACACACACACAAACUCACUCCCCCCCCUCUCCCCCAGCAUCUCCACUGCUUGCUCCUGAAGGGGCACAGCUGUGGCAGGAUGGGUGGGCAUCCUUGGUGCCCUUUGAAAGCCCAGGGGCCGGAGGAAGCGAGGCCCGACAAGCUGUCCUGGCCAGAGAAGGGAGUCUGGGCUGAACCCUCUCCAUCCAUCUAUCCACCCCCUGCCUAGGCACCUUCCUGUGGCAAUCUCCCCAGGAGCAGCCUUAAGAGGGAAAGCCUUUUCUUGUCUUCAGUUCCCUCCCACCACGUCCCCCCGCUCCAUCUCCAACAGGCUCAGGGCUGCAGAGGCGUCUCCUACGUCCCCGCCCUGCCACCCGCCUCCCGGGGCACACUCCCCCUGAUGAACCAGGUCCACCUGACGCUGUGAAGGUGGAGACACGGCCUGCCCCGUGUCUCCUCCUCCCCUCCCCAACCCCCACACUGCUUGGGCCACCCCUCCCCAGGAGAUCUCUAUUUUUGCUAGGAGCCCCAAGGACACAUUCGUACCCUAAAAUGUGCUCCCAGUUGGACUGGACUUGAAUAAACGGGACAUGAAAACCAA